AUGGCCAUAAUACCGGCGAUUUUCUCGAGGUACGGAAAAGUCCUGAAAAUCGUAACCUUCACUAAAAACAACUCUUUUCAAGUUCUGGUUCAAUAUCAUGAUGUGGUUUCCGCCCAGGCAGCAAAAGUUUCACUGGAUGGACAGAAUAUAUACAACUCCUGUUGCACCCUGAGGAUUGAAUACUCCAAGCUGACAUCGCUUAAUGUGAAGUACAACAAUGACAAAUCAAGAGAUUAUACUAAUCCAUCACUUCCGAACGGUGAGGGGGCUCUGGAAGCUGCACUGGGAGCUGAGCAAGUUUUACCUGGUCUGAUCCUCAAUGCAGCAGCCAAUCCUCUGAGGAGGGCCUUCCAUGAGCCUAGGAUACCUGGAGCUCAGGGAGUGCUCGCUUCACCUUUCGGACCAUUGCACGGGCUUGCUUCACCUUUGGCCGCACCUUUCACUCCAGGUUCUCCUGUUACUGGUAAAAUUCUAGGGCUGCCCCUAACCGCCACUGGGUUCACAUUGCCCAGUAACGCAGCCACUGCCCUGGCAGCUCAGGGGGCGAUGAGGAUUCCUGGCCAGAUACCAUCAAAUACAUGCGUUCUUCUCGUCUCUAAUCUAAAUGAGGAGGAAUUAUCUAUUGAUAAACGGGUCUAUGGAGAUGUUCAACGUGUGAAAAUCCUUUACAAUAAGAAGGACAGUGCACUUAUCCAAAUGGCUGAACCUCACCAGGCUAAUCUUGCCAUGAUGCACUUGGACAAAGUACGUCUACAUGGAAAGCAGAUGAGAGUGAUGUCUUCGAAACAUCAAACUGUUCAGUUGCCAAAGGAGGGUCAACCUGAUGCUGGACUCACCAAAGACUACACUUCAUCCAAUCUACAUAGGUUUAAGAAACCUGGGUCAAAGAACUACCAGAACAUUUACCCUCCGUCUGCCACCCUCCACCUCUCUAACAUUCCACCAAAUGUAAAAGAAGAGGAUCUGAAAGAUGCAUUUCAAAAUAAUGCUUUUACUGUCAAGGGCUUCAAAUUCUUCCCGAAAGACAAGAAAAUGGCACUUCUGGAGCUUCCAAGCAUUGAUGAUGCUGUUGCUGCACUAAUUAAAAUGCACAACUACCAAUUGAGUGAACAAAACCACUUAAGGGUAUCAUUUUCCAAAUCAAAUAUUCAAUCUGCUGCAAUGCGUUAAUUUUAAUUUGAACAAUAUUAUAUGCAUACUAAGCUGUUAUCAGAUUAAAGUAAAAAAAUUCCAAAAAAAAAAAAUUAAAAAAAAUUGUAACGGAUACAACGGACUCAAGGCCUAGAGAAACGGGUCGAUUUUUGUUUAAUUUUUAUUAAAUUAAAUGAUUAGAUUUAAUCAUUGUAAUUUUUUAUAAUUAGUACAUAGUAUAUUUAUAUAUAAUGGUUAUCAGUAUUCUCCUUAUUUUUGUAUUGUGAACUUAUUUUUUCUCUUUUUCGGUCGUUAUUUUUGCCUAAUGGUGUUUACUUGCCUGCAUGGUAUACAUUAAACAAGUAAAUAGCCGGCCUAUAUAAGUUUAUUCAAUCGAAUGUUAACAUAUCUUAAAAAAUAUGUAUAUUGUCUAUUUAUUUAUAAACAUGUAAUAUCAGACAAAUCAGGGCAAGCACCUGACCAAAAAAUGAGAGAAAACUAUUUGUUAGCUUGUAGUGUUUGCCUAGUAUUAUAUUUUAUAGCUUAGGCUGUUUCCUUUUAGAAUCUCUUAGUAUUUUUUAUUUUUAUUUGAAAUAGUUAAAAAUAAUUAAAAUUCAUGUUUUUAUAUAAAUAAGUUUUUAUUAGUUUGAUUAGGUUUACACAUUGAUAUCUUGUUGUCGAUUUUAAAUAUUGUAAUUUAAUGUGAUUUUUUAUUUAAUAUUGAUAUGAUCUGAAAGGGAAGAGAUUUUUUUUUCUGCCCGUUCUACAGUAUUGUGAGCUUUUUAAUAUUUAAAAGGGGGGGUUGGGGAUAUGAAAGAUAUUGUUGGGAUCGCAAAUGAAAUCCGACGGCUACAGUAUUGGCCUGUAUUCUAAGGGAAUAAUCUUCUUUAAAAGCCAUUGAAUUUCCUCAUAUAUGUAUUUUUUAAAAUAUUAAAAUCAUAAGUCUGCAAAUAUAUCUUCCUAUGUAGACCAUAUACACGUAGUUGAUACGAAGGGGACCUAAAGAGAAAUACUUAUAAAUUCUGUCUAUUUAUUUUAUAUCUUUUGUAUUUUUCUGUCUUUCUCUCCUCUUUUCUCUCUACUAUUUUUUUAUACAUACCUUUUACACAUAAUCACAUUAAAUAUAUAGAAUAAAUAAUAUUUAUUAGAUUAAAAGUAUAUAUUAUAUAUAUUUCAUACAGUGGGCUAAAAGUUUCUCUCUCCUGACAAUCAAAUUUUCAGAGAGUUUUCAUCGUCGAAUGAAAUAAUCUAUUUAUUAUAAAACUAUAUUAUGGACUGGAAUAUUUAAAGUUAACUUUAAAAAUCUUCUAAAAAAACUUAAAUUUUAGGAAAUCACAUAUAUUUAGCUUAGUAAUUGUGAUGCAGAUAUAUUGAAAUUUCGUACAGUAAUCAGCGAAGAAUAUUUUUAAUUUUUUUUUUUCAAUUUAUGAAUUGUCCUUUUUUACGCUUGUUUUAUUUUUAUCUGAAAAAGAGAAACCACAAUUUUUAUCAGUAUUCUCUCUAUUUUUAUUUUUUCAGUUUUGAUUUUUACAUAGUGAGUAUCUAUGUAUGUGAACAAGCAUAUUCACACAUAUGUGCUUAUUAUGGAAUAUUUGCUAUUGUAAGAUGAGUAGUUUUAAAUCCCCCCUUAUUUUUAGUCUUUUAGAGAAUGAAUUUUAAAAAUUGAUGUACAAUUUAUUUUAUAAGUUUGCUUGGUUACUUGGAAUGAUGUAGAUAUUUUAUAUUUAUAUGUUAAGAAGAAAAAUGAAUGCUUCCAAACCUGAUUAUUGUAGAUUAUCAAUAUGUAAGCAUGUAGUGAGUUUGCAUUUUUUGUGCCUUUUUUUAAAUUGUUUUUUAUUUUAUAUUAUGCUUAUUAUUAUUUUUUUUAAUGUCAAUUAAAUCUACAUAAUGUGUAUUACAUGAUAUAUUGUUAGGGUGGGAAUAAAUCUGGACCAAAAAAAGUAAACUCGUUUUUUAAACAUAUCUGUUUUUAAUGCAGUCACAAGGCUGUUUGUUGUGUUUUAAAGAUGAUUUAACCAAUAAUAAAUUGUGCCAACGUGAGGGAGAGAUUAUUAUCUGUUUGUUUGUUUUAUCGAUUCAAUAUUUUAGCUAUUCCUCUCUCUUGAUAUUAAAGGCAGGGUAAAGAACUAUUUAUAUAUAAAAUCAUAUGUUGCACAAUGUACUAAGCUGGCUAAGUUACGAUAUCAUAUGAAGCAUAAAAGAAUGUUCACUCAUCUAUCUCUUUGUUUUCAUUUAGUUGUGAAAAACCUCAUUAUGCUAGGGUAUAUAUACACAUUUAAAUUAAUAAUGGCGUAUAACUAUUUAUUUAUACCUAAACAGUGACAUUUGUUUAUCCUGUAGAAUUUUUUGAACAAAUAUAGGUAAUACAUUUUU